GCCCGUCGAGGUGCGCGGCUCCAACGGGGCCUUCUACAAGGGCUUUGUGAAGGAUGUCCAUGAAGACUCUGUUACCAUCUUCUUUGAAAACAACUGGCAGAGUGAGAGACAGAUUCCUUUUGGGGACGUCCGGCUGCCACCUCCAGCUGACUAUAAUAAAGAGAUCACAGAAGGCGAUGAGGUAGAGGUUUAUUCUCGAGCCAACGAGCAGGAACCUUGCGGCUGGUGGCUGGCCAGGGUGCGGAUGAUGAAGGGAGAUUUCUAUGUCAUCGAAUAUGCUGCCUGCGAUGCCACGUACAAUGAGAUUGUCACCCUGGAGCGGCUCCGGCCAGUCAAUCCCAAUCCUCUUGCCACCAAAGGCAGCUUCUUCAAGGUGACCAUGGCCGUGCCUGAGGAUCUGAGAGAGGCCUGCUCCAAUGAAAACGUCCAUAAAGAGUUCAAGAAAGCGCUGGGAGCGAACUGCAUCUUUCUUAACAUCACAAAUAGUGAGCUCUUCAUUCUGUCGACCACAGAGGCUCCCGUGAAGCGGGCGUCCCUGUUGGGUGACAUGCAUUUUCGAAGCCUGCGCACCAAACUGCUACUCAUGUCCCGCAACGAAGAAGCCACCAAACACCUAGAGACCAGUAAGCAGCUGGCGGCGGCCUUCCAGGAGGAGUUCACGGUGCGAGAGGACCUGAUGGGACUGGCAAUUGGGACGCACGGUGCCAACAUCCAGCAGGCCCGCAAAGUCCCUGGGGUGACCGCCAUUGAGUUGGGCGAAGAGACCUGCACUUUCCGCAUCUACGGGGAGACCCCGGAGGCGUGCCGACAGGCCCGAAGCUACCUGGAGUUUUCGGAGGACUCCGUGCAGGUGCCCAGGAACCUCGUUGGCAAAGUGAUUGGGAAGAACGGGAAAGUGAUCCAGGAGAUUGUGGAUAAGUCCGGUGUGGUGAGGGUUCGCGUCGAAGGUGACAAUGACAAGAAGAACCCCAGGGAGGAGGGCAUGGUUCCCUUCAUAUUUGUUGGCACCCGGGAGAAUAUCAGCAAUGCCCAGGCUCUGCUGGAAUAUCAUCUCUCCUACCUGCAGGAGGUGGAGCAGCUUCGCUUGGAGAGGCUGCAAAUCGAUGAACAGCUUCGGCAGAUUGGGCUGGGCUUUCGGCCUCCUGGGAGCGGGCGCGGCAGCGGUGGCAGUGACAAGGCUGGCUAUGCCACCGAUGAGAGCUCGUCGUCCUCCCUCCACACCACCCGCACCUACGGGGGCAGCUACGGGGGCCGCGGCCGCGGCCGGAGGACAGGCGGCCCCGCCUACGGCCCCAGCUCGGACCUGUCCACAGCUUCUGAGACAGAGUCAGAGAAGAGGGAGGAGCCCAACCGAGCUGGGCCUGGUGACCGGGACCCCCCGACCCGGGGGGAAGAAAGCCGGAGGCGGCCAAUUGGGGGCCGGGGUAGGGGACCCCCACCCGCCCCCCGGCCCACCACAAGAUACAACGCUUCAUCUAUCAGUUCAGUGCUGAAAGAUCCAGACAGUAACCCGUACAGCCUCCUGGACACCUCCGAACCAGAACCUCCUGUCGAUUCAGAGCCCGGGGAACCCCCCCCAGCAAGUGCCAGGCGCCGCCGCUCCCGCCGCCGCCGCACCGACGAGGACAGGACCGUCAUGGACGGAGGCCUGGAAUCAGACGGGCCCAGCAUGACGGAGAACGGCCUAGAGGACGAGUCAAGACCCCAGCGUCGGAACCGGAGCCGCCGACGCCGUAACCGUGGGAACAGGACUGAUGGCUCCAUCAGUGGAGACCGUCAGCCAGUGACCGUGGCUGACUAUAUCUCCCGAGCAGAGUCUCAGAGCCGCCAGCGGCCACCCCUGGAGCGCACUAAACCCUCCGAGGACUCCCUUUCUGGACCGAAGGGAGACUCUGUCAGCAAGCUUCCUAAGGGCCCCUCAGAGAAUGGGGAGCUCUCGGCCCCCCUGGAGUUGGGCAGUUUGGUGAACGGGGUUUCAUAAGACCUCCGGCCCACAUCCCUCCCUUCAUCUCGCUUGCUGCCCAACACCACGGCCUCACAGGCCCGACUGACCUGCGCUGGAGCUGCUCUUAUCUAGGGGGGAGGGGGGUGGCACAGCAGCUUGGGUCCCCCCUCAACCUCCAGGAGCCCGUGGAGGGGUGUGUAACAGGGUCAUACCCCCUCCCUCUUGUCCGCCCGUACCCCCAGGGUGAGGGGAGCCUCUCCUUCCCCAUCAGACUGGAUGUGCCUUUAUCCUCCAAUGCCCCGAUCUCUCUGAACACCCCCAUUCUCCGCCUGCUGGUGCGGGGUGCUCCUUGAUCCACCCAGAUUUGACAGUUCAGGGGGGCUCCCCUGCUAUCCCUCCUCCCAUCCUGUACCGCCCAUUUCUGGGGCCUCAUCACUGUGGAAGACGGGGAUAGUAAGGGUAGAAGUGGGUGGGAGGCAUGGGGAAGGUUUUGGAGUAGAACCAGGGGUGUGUAUGAAGCGGGGGUGACAAGGUCCCCCAGGGGAGGGGGGACCAACCUUGUCUGGUGGAUGAGAAGGCGUAUUUAUUUUUCACUGUACAGUAUUUAAAAAGAGAAUAAAAAAUCCAAAUGGC